AUGGAAAAAUCAGAAUUUACCGUUAUCAUCGUCGGAGGAUCGAUAGCAGGACUAACGCUUGCGCACUGUCUAGCGCGUGCAAAAAUCAACCACGUUGUCCUUGAGAAAGCAGGCAAUAUUGCUCCUCAGCUCGACAUCUACGAUGAGAUUCAAAAUCAUAUUGAGCCAUUGGAGCGAGCAAUUGUGUGCUAUCCAGAUGGCUUCAGUUUCAGUUCCUUCCAUCCCAAGAUCGUUCAUGAAAGAUUCGGGUUUCCCAUUGCGUUCCUGGACAGACAGAAGCUUCUGGAGAUUUUAUAUCGGCGGUAUCCUCAUCCCGAGCGUAUUCACCUCAACACGAAAGUCACAUCUAUCAGUUCAGCUAGGGAUGAGGUCUCUGUGGUCACCGCUGGUGGCAAUGUAUACCGUGGUCAUCUUAUUGUUGGUGCGGAUGGCGUUCAUAGCCGAGUCCGCACAGCGAUGUGGGAGCAGGCAGAACAAAGGUUUCACCGCAUUAUAGAGGAUGAGAAACAAAGUACGACAGUGGAAUAUGCCUGUAUUUUCGGCAUCUCAUCAGGGAUUGCAGGUCUCCUGGUCGGAGAGCAGAUCAAUGCGUUCUUUGAUCAUCUCACAAUUAUCACCAUUCAUGGGAAGCAUGGCCGAAUCUACUGGUUUGUGAUUCGAAAACUACCCACAAAAUACACAUACCCUGAAGGGCCACACUUUACCACGGAUGAUGCUGCCUUGGCUGCUGCAGAGUUACGAAACGUGCGAUUAUACGAACAUAUAACCUUUGGACACCUCUGGGAUACACGGGAGGUCGCUUCUAUGACCGCAUUGGAGGAGAAUGUAUUUCGAAUGUGGCAUUAUGACCGGGUUGUUUUGAUGGGCGACAGCGUUCACAAGAUGACGCCCAACAUCGGCCAAGGCGCAAAUAUGGCUAUUGAAGAUGCGGCAGUGCUGAGCACCCUGUUGCAGCAACUCCAGAAUGACCAAACUGGAGCUCUUCCCAGUGCCGACGAACUCGAGCCUCUAUUACAGCAAUUUCAGCGCAUCCGGUGCAAACGAGUCCGGUCAAUAUACUCUAUGUCAAGGUUGCUGGUACGGCUCCAGGCACGGGAUGGGAUCUUGAAUACCUUGUUCGGUCGAUACUAUGUCCCAUACGCUGGAAACCUGCCGGCUGAGAUUGCAUCGCAGGCCAUAGCCAAUGGGGAAAUCUGCCAGUUUCUGCCGCUGAGUCCUUUGAAAGAUGGCUGGAGACAGUAUCAACGCGGAGGAUGGAUAAUGUACUUACAGACACUGUGGGUGAUACUGUUGGUGCCCUGGAUCUCCCUGGUGAUGGGCAUGCUACCACUAUGGUGA